AUGUCGUUUCCCUCUGUGAACCGGCUCGCUGUCCCCUCGCCUGACCCUGUCGACGUCCUAGUUGCAGGUUCAGAGGGUAACACGAUGGUCGUCGUGGCCAGUCGUGCUUCUUCUCCACUGUCCGUGCUUACGGAGCCACAGGAUAGUGUGAUGGUCUCGCCAACGGGUUCGCCGUUGUCCAGCGCCCCUAAGGACUCCGGUCCUCUGUUUGUCAAUCUGGACGCCGAGGGUAUCCCCGGCUUGCCGGCUGGGGUGGCUGAUGACUAUCAGCCCAUGAUAGAGGGGGACACCCCAGGGAUCCUAGGUAGACUGCUUGCAGUGUACCAGUCGUUAGGUGGGGAGCUCGAUUGGCAGGUAGUGAAUGGGGUGUACCAGUUGCGGAACAUCACGUCCAACAACCACCAAGUCGCUGCCCUUGGGCAGUGUUUAGGCGUAACUGCCCCCUCUGGGGGGGAGUGUGCUCGGUGUAUUCGGGGGGCCGGUGUCUUUGCUUCCUGUCGCGUCGCUUCCUUUGUCGACGGGGCUAGCAAGGGUGUGGUACUCUCUCUCGGCGCGUGCAUGUGUUGUCACUUCGCCGGGGUCUCCCACAAGUGUUCCCUACGCUCUGCCUACCCUGCCUGGGUCCUUGCUGCGUUGCGUGUCCAUGCCCCCGACUUCCCCGGUCAGGUCCCCUCCCCUGUUGUCCCCCAAGCUGUCCCUUCUCCUAUAACUCCUCCCCGAGCCGCCCCUCCUCGGGCGACCCGUUCUUCCUCCGGCCGUUCUUCCCGCUUCGUCGGUCGGCUCUCCCGUCGUCUCGUUCCUCCCCCUUCCCCUUCCCCGCUUGCUUCCGUUGGAGAUGGCGGGACGGAGGAUGAGGAGGGAAGUGGGGUCUCAAGCGGCGUGGGCGUGGGCCGAUACUCGUCCGUCCUGACCCGGGAUUUGUUCGACGCUGGUGCGGGCGCCCGGCUUGCGGUGGAGCUUCGGCUUCGUCGUGAGCUGGCGCAGCUGCAGUUAAACGUCCAGCUCGUCCAGCAGGACUUGAGCGGGCUCGAGUCUCUCCGUCGUCGGGAGGAAGUCGCCUCGGCUCUUCCUGGCGGCGAGAUCGACCCCUGCUGGGCUGACUUUGUCGCCGACGUUUAG